AAAUGAUGCAUUUCAUGUGGGUCUGUAUAGACCGUCACUCUAAAUUUCUCAUACGUAAUACAAAUAUGACAUUCUGAAAAGCGUAUAGGUAUUAAAUCCUGCCACUAUAAGACGAGACGUAAGCCCAUUUUACAUCUGGAAUUUCUUGAAGUGUGUGACUGGAUUAUCGUUUAUAAUAUCAUUUUGAAUCGACUUAAUAAAUGAGUAUUACAGAGGACUUCUUCAAAAUGGACUUACAAAGGACUAGCAUUCUUAUCUGAGGAUCCAUUCUUUGCAGUGAGUGUAGUCAAUGUAAGGGAGGACCAUAAGUUCAUUUUCCACUGACGCCAGACGAUUAGUUUGAGGAGCAAUACAAGGUAAAUUACCUAAAGAACUAUGGAUGGAACGUAUACAACAAACAAUGAUGACAGGAUACUGUUAAGGCCACCCUCUACGGUGGGUACUCAAACCAACUUCAAUGACCCUCAGAGAGCAGCUGAACUAGAACUCGGAAUUGACAACCCCCUCGCCGUCGAGACGGAGACGACGUUACAAAACGGUCACGUAAACGAACAAAAUGGAGGAACAUCAGACGGCAAGGCGAGGGCGAUGUCGAAUGGCAAUGGUCAUAUUGCGGAUUCGGAUGCACUUCCACCCAAAGAAAACGAUACCGAUGAAGAUGAUAAUCCACAAUGUGGGUGGUUUAGGUGGAGACCUCAAUGUUUACAGUGUUGUAAUAACAUCGUCGGCUACACCCUCUUCCUAUCAAUCUUCGUAAUCGCUCAGGGUAUGACGGUCAAUGGUCUAGUCUAUGUGGUCAUCACCACACUCGAACGCCGUUUUGGAUUCACCAGCGUCCGUAGUGGAUUCAUCUCCAGCAGCUAUGACUUCUCAGUAAUGGUUAUCAUCAUUUUCGUUACGUACUUCGGCGAGAAGGCGCACAAGCCAGUCUGGUUGGGUAUUGGGGCUUUCAUAUUUGGAAUCGGUUCGAUUAUUUUUACGUUUCCACACUUUUUAAGCGGAGAGUACGAAUACCAGGAUGCCGAUUUUGAGAUGUGCGACACAAACCGAACGUCAAACGAUAUAUGUACGACGAUAGAAGUACAAGACGAGUCUCUAGUCAACUUUUACGGAGUAUUCAUCCUAGCUCAGGUAUUCCAUGGUAUCGGUGCCUCACCUCUCUACACACUCGGUGUCACGUAUAUCGACGAGAAUGUGUCGUCAGCAAACUCCGGGCUCUAUAUAGGUGUGUUUAAAUCUAUGGCCAUUCUGGGACCAGCAAUAGGGUACAUUGUGGGAGGACUCUUCCUCGGUCUCUAUACCGAACUACAGGCCGCAGAUGAGCUUGACAUCAGUCCUUCAGAUCCUACAUGGGUUGGUGCUUGGUGGCUUGGUUUUAUAGUAGCAGCUCUAAUAUCGUUCUCUAUCGUUAUUCCAUUCCUUGGAUACAGUCGAUCAUUACCAGGUGGAAAGGCAAUUUUUGCCCAGCGUGUGGUUGAAACACAGAAAGGAACAGAAUUUGAAGCGAAGUCGGGAUGGAAAUCAAUUAUGCAAUUCCCCAAAGCUUUGUGGACACUAUUAAAAAAUCCUCCCUUUAUGUUCAACAAUUUAUCGACUGCCAUGGAAACAUUUAUACUGGUCGCUGUGGGUGUAUUCGGUCCGAAAUUCAUGGAAUCACAGUUUAAUAUGACAGCUGGAGAGGCAGCUAUAAUAGCAGGCAUCAUCGUCACACCAUCAAGUUUUAUAGGUGCUUUGUUUGGUGGCUGGGUCGUCAAGCAUUUUAAUCUCAAGUAUCGAGGCAUGAUGCGUUUCACUUUAGGUGUUCUUCUCUGUAGUUUUGCCUUCCAAUUCGUCUUCCUAAUCAGCUGCGCAAACGUAGACUUCGCUGGUGUAACGGUGAACUACGGACGAGACCCCACAGACAUAACACCAGAGGAAGGAUCAAACGUUACAGCUACUUGUAAUGGUGAUUGUAUGUGUACCAAUAACUUCCAACCUGUGUGUGGUGAGGAUGACGUCAUGUACUACUCACCAUGCCAUGCUGGGUGCACAGUUAAGACAUACAAUGAAGAAUCUAUAUCGCUUUAUUCUGAUUGUGACUGUAUACCGCAUACGAACACCACUGCAGGAAUCGCAGGGAAAGGUACUGGUGGUCGCUGUGAACAGGGGUGCUCUUCUCAACUGACCUUCAUCUUACUCACCUUUGCUCUAAUUACUGUAACAUCUAUGAUAGCCGUCCCACAGCUUACUGCCACUCUACGUUGUGUCUCGCAAUCGCAGAGAACAUUUGCCUUGGGAGUGCAGUCUGUUAUAUACAGGUGUUUAGGAUCUAUACCGGCACCAAUUAUCUUCGGUUCCCUCAUUGACCGAACGUGCCUAAUAUGGGAGGAUGAAUGCGAUGGCAGCCGGAACUGUUGGAUGUAUGAUAAUGCAGAGUUAUCUCGAUAUACUCUCAUCAUGUUGCAAUGUGUUAAAGGUGUGUCAAUCAUUUCCAUCAUCCUUGCUCUCGUCACCUACCGUCCAGCCAAGGAGAGCAAUGAAGAGACUGAUCCACCGAACACCAUCAGUCAGGAUGUCAUGCCGGAAAUACCCAGAGUCGAAGAUGAUCGACUGGAUGAGAAGCGUCAAUCUGAUUUGAACCACGCCCUCUACGUUAAAGAAUCGCUGUUUAUGGCACUCGGUUCGAGUAUAUACCAUCCGGAAAUAUUCGAGUAUGGGAGGCGAUCAUGACUUAACCCAUUGAAUGCUAUCGACUUUCGUGCUAUGGUAACUCAGGGUUGUGCUGGUUAAUGGAGAUAGUCCAAAGUCAGUUCAAGAGAGCUCAUCAAGACCUGUGUAUUGAGCACACCAAAGGUAACCGGUUUUGCUAUUACAGUGAUAUUAACGAAAAUCUGAAGUGAAACCUUUUAAACAGCUGGCUGCCUGCAGUGCAUGUAACAGUUUCAAGUUUGUCUUCUCAAAACGAGAAGGGCUUCAUAAAAAUAUAAGUCUUUAUUAUUUCUGAUCUUUGAUCACCAAGGGUAAAGAUACACCUCUGAUCAGUAAGCCCUCUCAUCUGACACGACAAUUCGAUUUUUGUUCACCAUAAAUACUGUGUGACUUCGAUUUAAUUUUUGGUAGAACAAAUUUUAAAGAUAAGCUGCAAUGUUCAUGAUAAUCAUCAACAGUAUCAGAUAUUUUUACUGGCAAAAUAAAUCUUGUCAUAUGACGUAUAUUAGAUUUGAUAUAGGAAAUGUUCUAAUAGGAUACCACAAGUUAAACAACGUGUCUUUUGAUAAACGCUUCUCAAGAGAGGGUCAAAGUUGUCGCUGGUAGAGGAUAUGUUUGAUAAAAAACAUAAAAGAAUUGAAUUUUAAAAUUUUGUAUCCACCCGAAUAUUCCAUGCUAAAAAUUGUAUUAUUCUUACACAAAAAACGCAAACGAACAAACUAACACGCGAAACUUACGCAGCAUACGUUUGCCGUUUAUAGAAGAACAAUUUUAAGAACCAUCUAAUUAGCUCUCUUUAAAUCAUUGUCAUAGGCGAUAUAAUCAUUAAUCUAAAGUCAUUCAUUCCUCAAUUGUGCACAUCAUCCAUUUGUAUUGUUUGUAUUCCGACAAAAUAUUUUUUGUCGUAUAAUAUGUUUAUGACACUUUAUGACAUCCACUAACAACAUGAACAAUACACCCUUCUAAAAUGAACAGGUUUGUGUGAUUGCGAAUAAUACUUUUUUUGUCACACCAUUCCAAUAGUUAUACUCAUCAUGGUUAAGAUUAAGCCUUCCAUUAAGAAUCCAUCGCAUACCAAGAAAAAUUAUAUAUUCUUUGUUUGGCUAAAAUAUAACCACUCGUGUUGAUUUUCUCUCAGAAAGAGACGUAUGCUUAUAUGACAUUAUAUUCAUCCAUCCCGCGUGUAGUAAUUCAAAUAAUUAUGGAAUAAUUAGAUGGGUCAAAAAUCUAAACAUCCAUCGUUGCAACGAAAUCUGAAUUAUCGUUACAAUAUAUAGAAUUCGCAGGUACAGUUAAACGUGUUAUAUUUGAUUGUUUUCACGAAGAUUCAGCCUACGCUCUGCUAUAACAAGUUAAUAAAUCAUACUGUAGUACAACUAUGGAGCUAGCUCCAUGCUACGAUUUAAAUGUUAAAUAUUAGAAAUACUUAUUUCAUUAGCAUUGUCUUGCAUUCAUUCAUUCAUUCUGAUAGAAUUCCCCAUCUCAACUUUCACUAAAACGAAUGCAAUACAAUUUUUAUUGUCAGUAAAAGGAUUGCAUUUGGAUCUCAGUUUGUAAGUUCGUGCCAAGUUCGAUGUAUCAAAAUGAUAAUUUCCGAAAUAGCUGUAUUAUUUGUGUACUUGUUCUUUCAACUAAUUUCUUUCUUUUAUUCAUGCAAGUCUUUCAAAUUUGAAAAUCAUGAAAAUUGCAUCAUGCUGUAAAAUAGUUUCAAACUCUAUUUUAAGGUGCUGUGUAAUGUUUGCUGUUAAUGGACGCACCAGAGAUAUCCAGGGGGUGGGGGCUGGAAGUUUAAAAAAAAAUGACUUGCUAUAUGAGCAACAACAAAAACUUGACUCGCCAUCAGAGUAAAAAAAAAUCAUUGGUCCACCGAAAUGCUGUCAUGUGGCCCAGUACAACAUUUAGUUGGAGUACAUAAGGUGAGCGUUUCAUGAAUAGUUUACUAGAUAGAUGGCGCAUAAUAAAUGCUGUGUUUAUUAUUAUUAUUAUAAAAACGCUUAUUUGUCAGAAGUUUUAUCCGACAAGUCCCAUUGCAUCUGACAGUUACCAUAGUAACAGUGCAUCUUAGCCAAUCAGAACUAAGGAAAAUUGUCAGAUCUGGCCACUUGUCAGACAAAAAUGUUGAUGAAACGCUCCUCAGUUUACAGAUGUGUUUAUAAGAAAAUGUAUAAUUUAAAAUGUGUGUGCAAUGGAUUAUCAAAUGAUUUUGAUUUGAACUAAAAUGUCUUUCUUAUUAAAUUUUCAUCAUGAUUCGUUAUGUUUUUUAAUUGAUAUGUUAGUGAUAAUCUGAAAUAAUUUUGUUUUAAGAAGUGCACUUUUGUCAAGUGAAUUGAAUCAGGUGAAUUUAAUUGAAAUAGUUGAUGAUUAUAAAAUGAUGAUAAAUGCUUGAUUACUCUCCCCCUCUCUAUCUUUCUUUCUCUCUCUCUCUCUUUCUCUCUAAUGAGGUUGAAUUUUCGACAAAUCAAAAAUUGUACAUGCAUUUAAAAGAAAAUAUUAGACCAACAGAUUUAUAGAUUGGUCUAAAUUCAGAUUUCCAAUGUUACUUGUAUUUUUCAUAAUUUUCACUAUUAUAAUGGAUUCAGAGAACACAUGGUCUAAUCUAUGAAUUGAUUUCAUGAUUAUCUCACCAUUAAAAAUGAUAUUGAACAAAUCAUGUAUAUCAGGAAUGAAAUGAAGAAUCAGGGAAUAUUGUUUUCUUGCAAUAUCAAUGUAUCGUAUUACUCAAUGAUGUGCCAUUUUUAAUCAUGCUUCUUUUUAUUGUCAUUUUUGUUAGCUGUUAAUGUCAUUUUAACUGUUCAUCAUUCCCCAAAUGUUUCUUUUUACCCCCAUCGGCAAACAGAAAAUUUGUUUAAAACAAUCGGUUAUCAUAUAGCAUUCGGUUACUUUGUAAUAUCGAGCAGUUUUGUGACGAUCUCUGUGGGUUCUUUCAAUCAUGUCAUAAUGCUGCAAUUGCUAUUGGAUGGUUGUAUUUUUUUAUGAAUACUGACUUUGAAAGUCUUGAAUUUGAUGUGGUUAUGAGUUGCCUUGAAGAUGAAGUGUUUAUGCAUUCCAAUCACAAUGUGUAUAUGAAGAUGAUUAAUUUAAGAAAUGAUAAUUUAUUGCAAUAAAAAUGAUUAUCUCAUGAAAAUUACUAAA